AUGGCAGGGAAAUCCUUUGUUGGUGCCAUCGACAAUGGCACCACCAGUACCCGUUUCCUCAUCUUCGACCAGGCCGGCAACCCUGUCGCUGAACAUCAAGCUGAGUUCAAGCAAAUAUACCCUCACUCUGGCUGGCACGAACACGACCCCCUCGAGCUCGUCUCCUCAACUAGCGAAUGUAUAGACAAGGCGUGUGAAAAGUUCGUGGCAAAAGGGCACUCCCUAUCGGACAUCAAAGCUGUAGGAAUAACCAACCAGCGAGAGACCACCUGCGUCUGGGACGUAAAGACCGGUGAACCCUUGUACAACAGUAUAGUCUGGACCGACACGCGCACACAUCGCAUCGUCCACGAACUCAAAGCGCGCGAGGGUGCAGACGAAUUACAGCCUCUCUGUGGCCUGCCGUUGUCCACAUACCCGUCCUCGACGAAGCUCCUGUGGAUGCUCCGCCAUGUCGACAAGGUCAAGCAAGCCUACGACGCGGGUCGCCUCGCAUUCGGCACCGUCGAUUCGUGGCUCGUGUACAAGCUCAACGGCGGAGUGGACGCCAACGUCUUCGUCACCGAUGCCACCAACGCAAGCCGGACAAUGUGGAUGAACAUUCACAAACUCGAAUACGACGACAAGCUCAUCUCGUUUUUCGGACUUGACACCAAGACCCCGAAGCUGCAUCUACCGAAGAUCGUGCCCUCGUCGAGUCCCGACGCCUACGGGGCACUCGCGAGCACCAAGCUCAAGGGGACAAAAAUUGCAGGCUGUCUAGGUGAUCAGUCUGCGGCGCUCGUCGGCCAGAAUGGCUUCGUCCCCGGCCGUGCAAAGAACACUUACGGAACAGGGUGCUUCCUGCUGUACAAUGUCGGCGAGAAGCCAGUGAUCAGCACACACGGGCUCCUAGCCACGGUCGCAUAUGAUUUCUCACCGCAGGGGAUAAAGCCUGUGUAUGCUCUGGAAGGAUCCAUUGCCGUCGCAGGUAGCAGUGUACAGUUUCUGCGCGACAACCUGGGCUUCUUCCCCUCGGCGCCCAAGGUCAGUGAAGUUGCGCAGACCGUCGACGACAAUGGCGGCGUGGUAUUCGUCACGGCGUUCAGUGGACUCUUCGCGCCUUACUGGUACGACGAUGUCAAGGGGACGCUCUGGGGCCUCACGGCCUACACGCAAAAGGGUCAUAUUGCGAGAGCGACGCUGGAGGCGACAUGCUUCCAGACAAAGGCCAUCUUGGACGCCAUGGAAAAGGACGCCGGCGUCAAGUUGCAAGAGCUUGCCGUUGACGGAGGGAUGAGCAAUUCGGAUUUGUGCAUGCAGACUCAGUCCGACAUUAUUCAGAUACCCGUAGACCGACCGAAGAUGCGCGAGACCACGGCACUCGGCGCCGCCAUCGCAGCAGGCUUCGCUGUCGGCGUGUGGAAGAACUUUGACGAGCUGAAGGAGGUGAAUUCAGAAGGCCGCUUCUUCUUCAAGCCCAAAAUCAGCCAGGCGGCAAGUGACAAGAUGUAUAGGCGGUGGACCAAGGCCGUCGAGAUGAGUAAAGGUUGGGAAGACGACGAUGACGACGAGGAAGGAGAGCAAGAAGAGGAUAAACAGUCUAAGCUCUAG